AUGGCGAUCUUUGAUGCUAUCAUGAAACCGGGCACUAAGUAUAAUGCCAUGAACGAUUAUACUAGAGAGAUAUUCACUCCAGUUCCUGGAAAUUUGAACGGUGAUACGGCCAUUCGGUCAUAUCUCGAUAUUCGAUUUGCAUUUGACAAGGGAUGGUUGCCGUCGAGCCACCAUGGCCUCCACUGGGCGAUGAACGAUGAUUAUUGCGACAUCUGUGAAGACCGGCGUGUGGAUAAGCUCGACACAGACCCUGAUACAACGCCUUUUGCGAUCAAAGACGAGGAGAUCUUGCUAAUGCUCUACAUGCCACUUCCAGCCGACCUUCCAACUCUCAACAAAGACCUUCUGAUUCUCACUGCGGCGUUAUAUGAUGAUGUCGAUAGAUACGCUCGGCCUCGACGACCCAACACCGUCCGCUCAGAAAUUGGUUGUUUGCUACGAGGGAUCUAUAACAACACCAUGUUUGCCAUGUGGUGCUCACUUCAAACGGGCCCCACGUUCCAGCACAAUGGUAUUAAGACUGCUAUCCAUGCCCGCUUUAUCAUGAACGGUGAUAUGUCGCGCAUCACCCCAGACGCUCCCAACGAAGAGUUGCCGUAUCUUCUCUGGUACCCAUCCAUCCCACGAAAGUCGGUACUUCGAGAGCUAUUCCGGCGUCAACCGACAAUGAAGCCCGCAAUUGCAAGAACUUGCAUUAUUGCUGACUACGAGGACCUCUACGAUCUCCUCGAUGUAGAUCCGGAUACCGAAAUCAUGUACGAUGCUCGCGAUAGCCUGAACCCCUACUAUAUCCAGGACUUGGAAGCUAAGAUCCCUGAUCGUGACUUCAGACCCUUCCCUCGCGGGAUCACCUACGAGAUACCACGAAAACCGAAAAUGUUCGAAUAUCCACCCUCACACCUGUGGAUAGACUUUGCAGAUUCGGGCCCAGGCAUUGAAGACGACAGCAUAUCCUACAAUGGUAGUAUCGUAAGAUUCAACUCGCUACAAUUGUCAGUAUCGGCUCCAGAGUCGCUCAAGCAACUCGUUGCAGAUACUCAUUGUGCGAUUGAGAUUGAUGAAUAUUAUGACUCCCUAAGACAUGAGAUACAGGUCCACGAACGCCUGGGCAGCAACGAAGAAAUCAUCCCGCCUACCUGA